AUGCGGAAGUGUCGAGUGGAAGUGUCGACCCUCCGCUGGUGGCAGGAGAAUGAGAAUCGCGUUUAUGCCUGUACUUCCUCCAGCUAUUCAGGUUUCUUUUCCAUGGUGAAGUGGCCGGCUGAGGUCGGCUUCCAGACUUCGAUGUGGACGAUGACUACGAGCCUGAGGGAGAAACAGAAGCAGAGAGCGGGCAGCAAAGCCGAGAUCCAGACCAGCCGAGAUCAGGUCAGCGCGCCGGAAGGCCAACCCAUUGUCUUCCGGAUCGAGCUCAUUCCUACUGGCACGGGCACAGUGAAUAGUACGCUCUCUUGA